CUUUCCCACGAUUGCUCCGACAGAUCCCACAGGACGCAGCCCUUAUUAAAGAAACGGACUAUUAACCGUGGUUGCAUGCAACUUGCAUUAAGUCUGCAUAACCUACAGUUCCUAGGCGUUUAUUUUAUGAAUGUACAGUUUUACCCAUAACUAAGAAACCAAUCACAUUUUCAGGACCGCGAACUUUGUCGACUUCGGGAGCUAAAAAUGGGAAACAGACCCAGCUUAAAUAUACAAGUUUUUGACAGGGAUGAGAGUGGGGCACCCAUCGCCUCGUUUGAUAUAUAUCAAGAUAGUACAGUGCAAGACUUGAAAUAUAAGCUCCGAUUGUGCUGCCCCAUCCCGCUGAGCGAAGAAGAAAUGAGUUUUGAGUGUAAGGAUUGUCCGCAGGUUGUGAAUAAUAGCAGCAAAAUACUUCCAGACUUAAUGAUUGAGCCAAUCGAGUGGACAUUUAUUACAACUUGUUACGUGCGCCGUAUGUGUCAGGUAGAUAAUGGGGACAAACAGUUUCUGAUUUAUGUGUGGUGGAAAAAGUGUGCAAAACGCCUAUAUGUAACAGAAUCCCAUACCGUUAGGUCUGUUAAAAAUUACAUCCAAAAGGAAUUUCAUGGCAUGGAUGUCUUAGGGAAAGAAUUUGUUUUAUACCGGUUUGCAGACGGGCAAGUACUAGAUGACACAGAAACACUUUUAAAAAGUGGCAUCGGUCCCGGGUUUAUUUUGGGGAUCGAAUCUUUGACUUGGCAAAGAAAAACGCCCGGCCUUCCGCCAUCGGAGCCGUACCCGGUCACAGUUACUAUCAACAGCGAUAAGCCGGAGCUUCGUGUCAUUAAACUUACUGUGUAUGUGCGGCCAUCUGAAAGGCUUCAUGAUGUAAAGCUUAAGUUGCGAAUGGAUCAUGAGAAGAAUGACAGUUUAGGGCUGCUUGUUAUGUUCGACUGGGAGGUCUGUAUUCCAGGCAGGCAACGGGGAUCCUACAACAGGGAUUCGACUCUCGAACUUCUUAACGUUGGUAUACACAGCCAGCUGGAAUUAGUCGGCGAGUUUGACUUUCAUCCACCAUUAAGGUCUGGAUGGAAGUUUAUUUUGGAUUUUGAGCCCCCACCACUCGUUCCAAAUGUUACUGAAUCAGGUGACACUCUGCCUGACCUGAAAAACCUUUCAGUUAUAGAUGGUAUGUUUCUUUCUUGCUUUUCUAAAUAA